CUGUCGGCUAGAACCUAGUCACAGGUCAAAGUCUGCUCUCUGGUUGGCAGAACCAGUAGGAGCAGAGUGUGUUUUUGUCCCUCACUGUCUACGCUCCUCUCACCCUGUUAACAACACCUCGCCUUAGGGAGAGCUUCCUCUGCUUGGAUUGUCACCAGAUCAACACCAUAAUGCUUCGGACUGUGGUCCUGCUCCUCCUCUGCUUGUCCACAGGCAUUUGUGCUACUUUAGGCCACUACCAGACUCAAGCAAAGGAGGAGGAGGAGGUUCCUGCUGUGGACUCAGCUGAUGAACCAGCAGCUAACUCCCUUUUUGGUGACAAUCUACUAGCUAAAAUACUUGCAGCAGAUAGCCCAGCAGCUGACAAACCUGAAGUGGAUGUCCCUGUAGCAGAUGGUGUAACAGCCGAGGAGCAACCUUCUUCUGUGGAAGAGGAGGGGAAUGACAUCAGACCAGUCCAGACAAACCAGUCCCUGAACAGACCCUUGGCACAUGAAGAUGAUAACAGUUGGAGCCUCAACUCUAUUAGAAAUAGUUUUCAGACUGUGCACGGAUACUUUGACUCCAUGGUGGAGCUGGUGGGGGGACACAAUGGUGUGUGUCAGUACCGCUGCAGAUAUGGAGAACCUCCUCAACCUCGUCCCGGCUACCAGCUCCCAGAACCAAAUGGCUGCAGUUCCUCUCUGGUGGGAUUCCAGGUGAAUGCCGCUCUUGACCUGGGGAUCCCUGCUAUGACAAAGUGCUGUAACCAGCUUGACGUCUGCUAUGACACUUGCGGGAGAAGCAAGUACGACUGUGACUCCAAGUUUCGCUCAUGUCUGCAUGGCAUCUGCUCUGACCUUAAUAAGAGUCUCGGCUUUGUGUCGAAGGUACAAGCCUGUGAAUCGGUGGCAGACACUCUCUACAACACAGUGUGGACUCUUGGUUGUAGACCUUACAUGAACAGCCAGAGGGCAGCAUGUGUCUGCGAGGGAGAGGAGAGGGAUGAACUGUGACACAGAACACUAUGGAACAACUCCUGGAUGCUUUCACACACAAAUAACAGAAACAUGAGUAUUUCCACAGAUUAUACUGUAUAUUUAUAGGCUUUUUGUCAAAGAGGACAUACUUCACAAGAGCCAUCUCAAGAUUCAGAGCCUAGGAGGUAAAAAAGACAUAAAUGGGGAAUGCAAAUGAAUAGUUUCUCAGAUUUUAUUCAUAGGCAGUACUAACAAAUAUUAGGUAUCUGAUCAUGACUUUCAGAAUCCUAAUUAAUAGCUUAUGCAUGUUAUACUCUCCAUUCACUAUGACUCCAUUACCAUAAAUUACUUUAAUGACUCCAAACAAAGUGCCGAUGGGAAGGAUAUUGUAGUUGGAUUAAUUUCCUCUGGAUAGAAAAACAAUUACUAUGGCGCACAUGGUUCGUUGUGUGCUGCUAUUUAUCAAGAAGAAGUCUGCUCAAACCUUAAGCCAGUGUCAUGUAAAUGUAAUGCCUAUUACAGCUACUAUGUUAAUGUUUCAUGUAAGUUAUUUGCCAGUUAUUUGUUAUUUCUUUAUGAAUAAAUGCAUGACUAAUUGCCGUUUAACUGACAUGAUUAAUUCUAGAUUAAUUGUCAGAGUGAUGAAGCAUAUGCAUAUUUUCCAUGGCACACUAACAUCUCUUUUCCACCACACUGGAAUGUGUGACUUGCUCAUCCAUCAGCCAUCGAUUACACUGAGCCAAUGAGUCAUCUAUGGAUGUUCCACAUGUAUUUUUUUUAAGUUUUUUAAGUGUGAAAUACAAAUAUAUAUACAGAUACAUUUUCUAAAUCCAUUAAAUCUUUAAGCUGUGAUCAAGCCUGAGAAAUGCCUGAAAGUUAAAUGGUAAAUGGACUGUACUUGUAUUGCGCCUUUCUAGUCUUCCGACCACUCAAAGCGCUUAAAGUGUGACCUAGAAAAACAUCCUUCUUGCUGUAGAUGUUAGAAAUGAACUGUGGCCUGCCGAGUGAUUUCUAAUAGAAAUGUCAUUCACUUUAAUGUCAGUAAAUUGUGCUGCCAGGCAAAGACACACCAACUUGGAUGUAUUAACCAGAAUUCAAGUGAUCUACGCCACUGGAACUUACAUAGGAGUAAAGAAGAGUGUAUAUACUGUACAUCUGCACAUCUUUUAUAUGUAUAUGAGGGACAGCAGAACAGACUGCUCCAUGCAUACCUGUUUGGUGUUUUAAUUGCCAAAUAAACUGAAAUGGUCAGUUCA